AUGAAGAAAUCAACUCUGUUCACCAUCUUCACUGUGUUAAUCAUACCACUAAUCCCUGCGUUAGCUACACCAUUUGAAGCAAGCAUAUUUCGCUUCGUCAAUCCUUCCAUUCUCCCUCGACUAGAUGGCGGCCUCCGGCCAUCUACCUUUGAUAUCACCACAGAUAUUGACAAAUCUGAGCUGGCAUUAAGAUUUGUUCUCGAAACCAACGACGACCUCAUACCAGAACACGCUUAUAUCCACAAUUUAGAUGCCAAUGGACAAAGCGCGGGUGAGGGAGCCAUCAGCUCUGGGCUAUAUUUGACCAAAGGAUCAGUAUGGAUGCAAGAAGCACCUGGCCGACAAUGGGAAAAUGUUGGAUGGGCCAGGCUUGCUGUAACUCAAGAGAAAGAGGCUCUUUCAUUGGACGGUACGUUCACAGUUUUGUCCUCGCAGUAUGGGAUUCGGCAGGAGCCACAGGAGAAUGGACCCGCGGAAAUUAUAGCCCGCAAACGCGAGUCAGAUUUUCCAACUGGAAACCGGAUGGCACCGAAUUGGACCUGUGCAACCGCACCGGGAGAUGUUCUGAACAAGCGGCAGUUCGAAUGGAAUGCAUGGGGCGACAACCUAGCAGAUAACAUCGGGAAUACCUAUGGAUGUCCACAAACGAGACGAACUGCGUACAUCGGUAUUGCGACUGAUUGCACUUACACCGCAAGCUUCAAUUCUUCAGACUCUGCCCAACGAUAUAUCCUGAAUAUGGUCAAUACCGCAUCCGUUGUCUUUGAGAAUAGCUUCAAUGUCUCACUCAGCAUCCAGAAUUUGACCAUGAGCAAUGCUGAGUGCCCGACCAGCGUCUCGGCUUUGACAGACUGGAAUACCCCGUGUUCGGUGGGAGAUUUGAACACCCGCCUUGAAACCUUCUCUUCGUGGAGGAGCUCAAUCAAUGACAACAAUGCAUAUUGGACUCUUUUGACUGGAUGCUCGGUGGAAGCAGGGCAGGUUGGCGUUUCCUGGAUCGGGGCACUAUGCAAUUCUGGCUCUAGCUAUAGCGCAUCGAGUGCCAAUGUGGUAGCUCGAACACAAUCCGAAUGGCAGGUAUUUGCGCACCAGGGCAUCCAGAACAAUUACUGA